AUGGAUGCUGAAAGUUUAAGAUGCUUGCUGAGCGGUGACUACGGUCUGGUGGAGGAUGCACUGAACAAAUUCAACAAACAGAAUUCCCAGGUGUUCAACUUCACGCACUUCACCACCACCGGCCAGUGGAUGCUGAUCUGGAAUAAGUUGUUCGCGUACCUGGCUGACCCGAGCAUGCCGCAUCGGGUCGGGUGUCUGAUGGCCAUCAAAGUGCUGAGCCGAGACAAAACGUACCUAAACGAGUCGGUCACGGCCGAGCAGUUGGAUGCGUUGCUACGGUUGGCCGGUAUUGGACCGGUUGGCGAGCGGUGUGACGCCACAGAGGAAGUACAGGUGGAGGCCCUAAAGUGUCUGAGCAAUAUGAUAUUCCAGAGCAUCAAAUGCCAGGAGAUGUGUCUCGAGAACGCCUCAACCGAGGGCAUCAUUCGGCGGGUGAAGAUGUACAAGGAGGUCGCAUACGGCUACGACAUAAAAUAUUUCGACAUGAAGCUACUGUUUCUGCUGACCGCGAUCAAUUGUGAUAUUCGGGCCAAAGUGCGCGACCAGCUGCACGGGCUGGUGUACCUCGUCGAAACGCUCGAUCUAUUCAUGGGUCAGGCGGCAACGUUUAAAGAAUUCAGCGACAAAGAUUUAGAUUUGAUCAACGAGGUGCUGAAGGUGCUGUUCAAUCUGACUGUGCGGACGGGCGAUGGGCUGGUGCCGGAAGAGGAGGAAGCGAAUCAGUUUCACCGC